AUGGAGAACCCCGCUCUCUACAGAUACGUCCUGCCAGCAAUUCCAACACCCCAUCCCACUCUUCCUAUUCUCCUCCCGCAACCCGGCCGCUGCAUCCAGACCAAACUCGCAAACCCCCCAUCCCAGAGCUGCACCCUGGGAUCCGAUCCCUUCAGCAACCGCGUCCAAAUGUCACCCUACCAGCACAAAGUAUGCGAAUUCCCUCGGCUGGCCGCUUCUAAGCGUCCUGUCACUGACAGAGUCGGCCAUUGA